AUGCUAGGCUUGUGCCGUGAUUCGCUUCAUUUGGCGCGCGCAUUGCGCAUGGGUCAGAAGCCUUCAGUGACUUCAGUGGAAGAUGAGGUUGCGGAUCUUCAGCCGCCCAAGUUCGACGAUGAGAUCUGGAUGGCAAGCUGCUGCCAGGUCAAUAGCAUGUCCAGAUUUGCAGCAGAGUUCUGUUUGUACCAGCCUGACUGCCGACUCUUCUGCGACAAGGGGAUGGAUUGCAAAUAUCUCAAACGUGGCCAGCUUUCCCAGAGAGGGGAAGCCGCCGUGCAUCUGGAUACCUUCUGCCAUGUGGCGCAUGAUGUGCUGUGUGCAGCUGCAGCCGCUGACAUGAAUGCCAGAGGCACGGAGGUCGUCAACCUCCCAAACUUGAGGCAUCACCCUCGGGUCCUCCUGCCUUAUGUUUCCAAGUGUUGGGUGAUUCCAAAUUACGCUAAGGAGUUGCAUGACUUGUUUGCCACCGAUUUGUCCAGCUUCCCAGAUGCCUUGAAAGGUGCUCAAGUGGUGGUACUUGCGCAUGGCUUCCGGGUCAACAGCCUGCGGCUGUUGAGAACCUCCUGGGUCCUGCGGCAAUUGACCAGAAGUCUUCCACAACGCAUUGUCGUGUUGGCCUUUCUGUGGCCGUCACAUCGGCAUCACAAGUCAUAUGCCAAAGCAAGGACUGAUGCCACUGAAGCAGCAGAGUACUUUGCCACUUUGCUGCUGCUCCUCGGGAAGCUCCGCUGCACGGUCAGCGUGGUGGCGCACAGCUUGGGCUGUCGCGUGGCGCUCACGGCCCUCACUGCGCUCACUGCAUUGAAACCUGGAGCAUCUGGAGCAUCUGGAGCUGGAACAGACGUGCCGCAGCUGGAACAUGUCCAGGUCCAAUACUUGGCCUUGUUGGGCGCGGCUGUUCCAAGAGAUGCGCUGGAGCCUCGGGGCGAGUUUCCCAGGGACAGGCUGUUGGCCAGGAACGUUGACAUUUUCUAUACUCACAAGGACUCCAUCCUUUCGAACUAUUUCAAGCUGGGAGAAGGCAUCCAUUCGUUGAGUUUCACCUCUGAUGCCUUAGGGCUGGUGGGCCCGGAAGGCAGCACGGGCAGCACGGCGGCCUUUGAUGUUGCAGAGGAGGUGUCAUCGCAUAGUGCUGAGCAGUACUUGCUUGCCUCCACGUUCACAAAGCGCUUGGCCAUGCACUUGAAUGGUGUGCAGCCCGCAGAGCUCAUGGGACUUCAGAAAAAGCUAACUCAAGAGUUCAUCACAGAAACGUCUACGGAGGACUCAGGUGCGGAGUCGUGCUGACGGUGGAUGGCCAAUGGCCGUGCAAAGUCACGGCAGCUUUGAGGUGAAGUUUUGAA